AUGGCAAACACUUACAUCCAACUUUACGUUCAUAUCGUAUUUUCCGUUAAAGCGAGACAUGCCCUGAUACCUAAACGCCACAAGACAGAACUCCACCAAUAUAUCACCGGCAUCAUCACAAAGCGAAAACAAAAGGUUAUUCAAAUCAACUCAAUGCCGGAUCACAUCCAUAUCCUCAUCGGAAUGACACCGGGUAUCGCGCUCUCAGACCUGGUGCAGUCUAUCAAAAUCGGCAGCACCCGAUUCAUAAAUCGGCAGGGCUGGAUCGCCGGCAAAUUUCAAUGGCAGGAAGGUUUUGGCGCGUUCAGUUAUUCCCGCUCUCAGUUAAAUACCGUCGCCGCUUACAUUGAGAAUCAGGAAGAACAUCAUUCUCGGCAGACCUUUCAUGAGGAAUAUCUUGAGUUUUUGAAACGUUUCAACAUCCCCUACGAUGCAAAGUACGUCUUUGAUCUGGAAGCACCGCUCGAAUCUCCCAGAAGAUAG